AUGCCUCAUCACUACGAACAAGUUAGAUCAUCAACUACAGCGAUUCGGAGAUGGAGAGAAGAUGAAGAAGUUCCAAGUCGUGGCAAGCUGUAUUUGCUCUGCCUUACAAUAUGUAUAGGAGGACUCCAGGUUGUUUGGGCAACAGUAAUGGCCCAGGGAUCUAGCUAUCUCAUUUCCCUUGACUUACGCCCCUCCAUAGUAUCUCUGGUAUGGCUAGCAGGGCCAAUCUGUGGCUCUCUGCUCCAACCAUACAUAGCGUACAAAAGUGACUAUUGUACACAUAAAUGGGGACGAAGAAGACCCUUUAUGAUAUACGGUACAAUCGCUACAAUAGCCUGUAUUAACGCUCUUUCCUGGACAAGCGAAGCCGUUCGAUCAAUCUGCAAUCUCUUAGGAGUGUCAGAUCAUGGUUUUGGUGCAAAGUUCGUCAUUCAGGUACUCGCAGUUGUGGGGGUAUGGCUACUGAAUGUCGCCAUUCAACCUGUUCAGGCGAGUAUCAGGGCGUUGAUUGUGGAUGCAUGUCCAGGUUCUCAAGCAGCUAAAGCAAAUUCCUUUGCAAGUAUUGCAGUCAUCAUUGGAAGUGCAAUCGGAUAUGGUUGUGCUUUUAUUGAAAUGCCUAAAGGACCUACUUGGUUGACCAAUCCUCAAUUCAAGGGUCUCUGCUUCAUUGCCUCUAUUUCUCUCGGUGUCACUGUCACUAUCACAUCUGUGAUGAUCGAAGAGAAGGCGGUAAAUAUUGACAAUGAUGGAUCCGAGAAAUCAGGGCUCCGAAAAAUAUGGGUAGAGAUAUAUAGAGCGAUUAGAACACUGCCCCCGACGAUCAAAAUGAUUAUGGCAGUCCAGUUCUGCGCUUGGCUGGCUUGGUUCCCAUUCCUUUUCAAUAUUGUAUUAUUUCUAAGUAGGCUUUAUGAAGUUCAAACACUUUCUGAAAAAAUGGGUCCACCCUCGACCAAAUUUUAUAACGGCCUUCGACAGCAGUCGAUUCGACAUGCUACGUUGGCAAUGCUAGUAUUCUCAAUGGUGGCACUCGUUACUAACCUUUGCUUGCCCUAUCUCGUCGUCGAUGCGGAUUCUUCAUCUACCUCAGAACUAGAGUGGCAGAAGGAAGAGCGGCCCACAGGUGCAAAAUCUGGCAUCUUCGUGGUAUUGCGAAAAAAACUUGUUAACCGACUAACACUUCCCCGAGUGUGGAUGAUAUCACACAUAAUCAUGGCUUUCGCACUGUUUGGAGUAACUUUUGGAGGAGACGGUUUCAUGACAAGUGUAUUAUUUGUCUCACUAUUGGGCUUUUCUUGGACACUUACCCAAUGGGCCCCCUUUGCCAUGAUUGCCGCCGAGAUAGCUUCUUCUUCUAUACCAGACUUGAAAAGCCUGGAAACAGACACAGAGGAUCAAUCCGAUAGUCCAGAGAGUGUAGCCGACCUGAGACCGAGGGCCGGCAUAACGAUGGCUAUACACAACAUUGCCAUUGCGACACCACAGAUGCUGUCAGCUAUAGUGGGAGCUCUAAUCUAUUGGGCCAUUAUCUGGUUACCUAGCUUAUACGAAAGUAGUCUGUGUAGAAACUUCCAAUCCACCACCACUCCACAGACUUCUGAAAUUUCAAUCCCGACUUGGAUAUUGCUUGCUUGCAUGCUUUGGAGGGGAGAUUCACGUCCCACAUGUCCCGAUUCUGAAUGUCCGAUUUUCCGCUCGUCACUUCAAAGCAUGGCUCGUUUCGAAGAUGUAGUGUUAAAACUCAGAAGAUGGGCAUUCCCUUCCGAGGAGAAUAAUGGAAGCGAUGAAAAACUGCUCGCUAGCACCACCUCAUCAUCUGUGGCAUCAAUAGAUGAAGACGAUUCUUCUUCAUCUGAAAAAGAGACAAGAUCUCAAACUCAUCAUAGAAUCUUUUUCAUCUCCAGCAUCCUCGCCAUAAUCAUUCUAGGAGCCGUGACUCUCACUACUCUUCUCGUAGAUAGCCACAGUGGAGUUGUACCGAAUACCCCCCCGCCGCCUUCUCAAGGCGGCUCCCAAGUGGUCGCCCACUGUGGUAUCUCAGCGCAAGAAGCUAUGGAACGCGGCUGCCUGUGGGACAUUAUGUCAUUCGGCUGGAUUCACCCUCUUUGUUUCGACAAGGAAGAAUCUGAUCGCUGGGCGGCAAAGUACGGACCAUUCGACUGGUACGUUGAUGACGGACAGGCAGUAGAUGAAAAGGAACAACCUGUCAAUGGAACCCUGACGCAGCCGUUGGGUUUGGAUGAGAUUCCCUUCGCACCAUCAGUCUGGACAACUCAAGGGUACCACAUUAUGCAUUGUUUGUAUCUAUUAAAGAUGGUUCAUGUGGCGGCAUUGAACAGUGAUCCGGUAAGCAAUGAGGCUGUGAAUCUAGGGCACACGGAUCAUUGUGUGGGAUUGAUUGGGAAUACUGAUUUGAUUGAGUACGAUGCGAUCACCACACCAGUGCGGCUACUUUUUGUACAAUGUGUUACCCUCCAAUGA